GCUGGCUGGACCAGCCCCUUCCUUCUUCCUCUGGCAGUCCCACCCCCUCCGGCCUCCGAGGAGAAGGGGAACUGAGCAGUGCACGCCGCCGGUCCUGCAGCUUCAAGCGGUCAUGGACCCUGAAGGCCUGGCGCUGCUGCUGCCCCCCGCCACUCUGGCCGCCCUGGCAGACAGCUGGCUCCGAGAGGACUGCCCAGGUCCCAACCACGCAGCCUUGGUGACGGGGGCAGCCCCCGCGCAGGCGGCGCUGUGGGCCAAGUCCGCUGGGGUACUGGCCGGGAGGCCUUUCUUCGAUGCCAUCUUCACCCAAGUCAACUGCCAGGUCUCCUGGCUCCUCCCCGAGGGCUCCAAGCUGGCGCCCGUGGCCCAGGUGGCCGAGGUCCGGGGCCCCGCCCACUGCCUGCUGCUGGGGGAGCGGGUGGCCUUGAACACGCUGGCCCGCUGCAGCGGGGUGGCCAGCGCCGCGGCCGCGGCAGUGGAGGCCGCGCGGGGGGCCGGCUGGGCCGGGCACGUGGCGGGCACGAGGAAGACCACGCCAGGCUUCCGGCUGGUGGAGAAGUACGGGCUCCUGGUGGGCGGGGCGGCCGCCCACCGAUACGACCUGGGAGGGCUGGUGAUGGUGAAGGACAACCACGUCCUGGCAGCCGGUGGUGUGGGAAAGGCGGUUCGAGGCGCCCGGCAGGUGGCCGACUUCACCCUGAAGGUGGAGGUCGAGGUGGGCAGUCUGCGGGAGGCUGUGGAGGCGGCCGAGGCAGGCGCAGACCUCGUCCUGCUGGACAACUUCAGGCCCGAGGAACUGCACGCCACGGCCGCUGCGCUGAAGGCCCGCUUCCCGAGUGUGGGCGUGGAGGCCAGCGGGGGCAUCACCCUGGCCAACCUGCCUCAGUUCUGCGGGCCCCACAUUGACAUCAUCUCCCUGGGGAUGCUGACCCAGGCUGCCCCGGCCCUGGAUUUCUCCCUCAAGCUGUUUGCGGAAGGGGCCACGCCUACCAGACCUAAAGCCAAAGAGGGCGCCCCUGGCAGGGGAAUCACAAUUUCUUGGGCCCCUGGAGUCUGCAGUACAGGACUCUCCGGGCGUUAGCCUGGGCUGACGUCUGGCUCUGCCUAUGUGGGGGUGGAGGGGCUGAUUUCACCUCUGCUCAUCUGUAAAAUGGGUCUGAUAAAUGAUCAACCUUA